AUGCGCGAGAUCCUAUCCAUCCACCUCGGCCAGGGCGGCAUCCAGACAGGUAACGCCUGCUGGGAGCUCUACUGCCUCGAGCACGGCAUCCAGCCCGAUGGCACCAUGCCCAGCGAUAAGACCAUCGGCGGAGGAGACGACUCGUUCUCUACUUUCUUCUCCGAGACAGGCUCGGGCAAGCACGUGCCGCGCGCUGUGUUCGUAGACCUGGAGCCUAGCGUCUGCGACGAAGUGCGUACCGGUACAUACCGCCAAUUGUAUCACCCGGAGCAGAUCAUCUCGGGCAAGGAAGACGCCGCCAACAACUACGCGCGUGGCCACUACACGAUCGGAAAGGAGUACGUGGACGUGGUGCUGGACCGCGUCCGUAAACUGGCCGACGCCUGUACGGGUCUGCAGGGCUUCAUGGUAUUCAACGCCGUGGGCGGCGGUACCGGUUCGGGUCUGGGCUCGCUCCUACUCGAGCGUCUGUCGGUCGACUACGGCCGUAAGAGCAAACUUGGCUUCACCAUCUACCCUUCGCCCCUCGUGUCGUCGGCUGUUGUUGAGCCCUAUAACUCUGUGCUAUCCACACACGCGCUGCUGGAGCACACAGAUGUGGCCGUGAUGCUGGACAACGAGGCCAUCUACGACAUUUGCCGUCGCUCUCUCGACAUUGAGCGCCCGACGUACACGAACCUGAACCGUCUCAUUGCUCAAGUCAUCUCGUCGCUCACCACGUCGCUGCGUUUCGAUGGCUCGCUGAAUGUGGAUAUCACCGAGUUUCAGACCAACCUGGUGCCGUACCCGCGUAUCCACUUCAUGCUCAGCUCGUAUGCUCCGGUUAUCUCGGCUGAGAAGGCCUACCACGAACAGCUGUCGGUGGCCGAGAUCACUAACAGCGCCUUCGAGCCAACCUCCAUGAUGGCCAAGUGCGACCCUCGUCACGGCAAGUACAUGGCCACGUGCCUCAUGUACCGCGGUGACGUCGUCCCCAAGGACGUGAACGCCGCUGUGGCCACCAUCAAGACCAAGCGUACUAUUCAAUUCGUCGACUGGUGCCCGACCGGUUUCAAGUGCGGUAUCAACUACCAGCCUCCGGCGGUUGUGCCUGGUGGCGACCUGGCGCGCGUGCAGCGUGCGGUGGCCAUGAUCUCGAACACCAGCGCCAUUGCUGAGGUGUUCUCCCGCAUCGACCACAAGUUCGACCUGAUGUACGCCAAGCGUGCGUUCGUCCACUGGUUCGUGGGCGAAGGAAUGGAGGAAGGCGAGUUCUCAGAGGCUCGUGAGGAUCUCGCUGCUCUGGAGAAGGACUACGAGGAGGUAUCGGCCGAGACCGCCGAGGGUGACGAUGAGGAGUUCGAUGAGAAGUACGAGGAGUACUAAGCUCGGCACAGAUCAUCAUUUUCAAGGCACGAGCUGGCGGUCUAUUGAGCUAUGACGCUCCGAAGACGCUUCUUGCCACACUAGCCAUUACGUGGCCACUUACAGCAACUAAAGCUGACGAUCACAUGCGCGGAAUCGAACGAAACAUUUUGAGGAUCGAACAGCAAUUUUGUAUGUCGUAACUUGACGCGAUUCAAUUCAAAACGCAGCAACGAGCUGCCAGUUUUGCAUUUCCUUACAAUUAUUCGGGCUGAGGCUGGUUCUGGUUAUUGGUGUACUCGGCCCAUUUCGCGUUGGCUCUCGCUGAUCGAUUUUGCGGAACCGCCAAGACUUUCGAUACCGUGGCCAUCCUCUUAAAAGUUUUCUUCGCCUGAAGUCUGGGCACGUCAGGAAACUUGCCACUGAUGCUCCUCCUACUGUUAGUCGACUUUGCUGACUGUAGCAACUCAUUCGUGACGUCUGCAGCGGCCAAUAAAGCGUUUGUAUGACCGGUAGAUGGCAGCGGCUUCCGAGCUCGUUCCGUCCCGAUAAUGCGCUCCACCAUCGCCGCAAAGUUCAAGCAUGCCGUCUGUAAAAAGUAAAAUAAAGGUUAACCUUUUCAAAGCGGAAA